AUGCUGACGGUGGUGACGGUGACUCCAACUCCAGCGCAUCCGCCACACACGGCAAACGCACCAGCACCAGAGCCACACACCAUGUCGAACAAGCUGAACAACCCGAAGCGCCGCGAGGUGACGGGUUCGUCGUCGUCCAACUCCUCCAUUUCGUCGGUAGGCGCUGGGGACAAUGGCAUAUCGGCCGACCUGGCCUCACUGUUCGAGUGUCCCGUGUGCUUCGAUUACGUGCUGCCCCCGAUACUGCAGUGCCAGAGCGGCCACCUGGUGUGUACCAGCUGCCGCUCGAAGCUGACCUGCUGUCCCACCUGUCGCGGUUCGCUCGGUAACAUACGCAAUCUGGCGAUGGAGAAAGUGGCCUCCAAUGUGAAGUUUCCCUGCAAACACUCCAAUCACGGCUGCACCAUCUCGCUCGUGUACACCGAAAAGGCGGAACACGAGGAGGCGUGCGAGUUUCGACCGUAUCUGUGCCCGUGUCCCGGUGCAUCCUGCAAGUGGCAGGGUUCGCUCGACUACGUUAUGCCCCACCUGAUGAUGUCGCACAAAAGCAUUACCACGCUCCAGGGCGAAGAUAUUGUGUUUCUCGCCACCGAUAUUAAUCUGCCCGGUGCAGUCGAUUGGGUGAUGAUGCAAUCGUGCUUCGGCCAUCACUUUAUGCUGGUGCUCGAAAAGCAGGAAAAGUAUGAUGGGCACCAACAGUUCUACGCUAUCGUACAGCUAAUCGGUUCGCGGAAGGAAGCGGAAAACUUUGCCUAUCGGUUGGAGCUGAACGGGAAUCGGCGUCGGCUUACGUGGGAAGCAAUGCCCCGGUCCAUCCACGAGGGAGUGGCAAGCGCAAUUCUCAACUCCGACUGUCUGGUGUUCGAUACGUCGAUCGCGCAGCUGUUUGCCGACAAUGGUAAUCUGGGCAUUAACGUUACUAUUUCCGUCGUUUAA